ACUUUGGUAUUUUGCUUUUUUGAGACAAGGUCUCGCUUUGUAACUCAGGUUAUCCUAGAAUGUACUGUAUGUAGCUCAAGCUGUCCUGGAACACGCGGCCCAGCUUCCAGAAUGCUAACUUUCCGACCAGCCUUGGGAGUUUGUUUUGUUUUUGUUGUUGUUUGACCGGCGCUUUUGUAGCUCAGGCUUGUCUCGACCUCAUGCUCUUGCCUCCACCCUUUAAGAACGUUAUGUUUAUGUUUUGGAGGAGGGGCGUGCUUUGGCAAUGAUGUGGAGGUCAGAGGACAAGUUGCGUCAGACAGUUGUCUCCUUCCACCAUGUGAGUCUCAGGAACCAACGCAUUUCACCAGACAUUGCAGCCACCCCAGUGCUCUCGGACCCCUCUCUCUGUCCCUUAAUGAUAUUUUGAAGAAAGAAGAUUAUACAUGCCAGAGUUAUUUAACUGAUGGUCUAGCUAUUGAAUUCUGACACUUCCUUCUUGUGCCAACUUCUUCAUUGGAGAAAUUCAGAACAAGCAGAUAUAAGUGUGUAUCCUCAUUGGCUAUGGCUAUACCAAUAACAGUACUUGACUGUGAUCUCUUGCUGUAUGGCCGAGGUCACCGGACCUUGGACCGGUUUAAGUUGGAUGAUGUGACUGAUGAAUAUUUGAUGUCCAUGUAUGGAUUUCCCCGACAAUUCAUUUACUAUUUAGUGGAACUCUUGGGGGCAAGUCUUUCACGACCUACUCAGCGAUCUAGGGCUAUUAGCCCAGAGACACAGAUCCUGGCAGCGUUGGGCUUUUAUACCUCAGGUUCCUUCCAGACUCGGAUGGGAGAUGCUAUUGGAAUUAGUCAAGCCUCCAUGAGCCGAUGUGUUGCCAAUGUCACCGAAGCCCUUGUGGAAAGGGCCUCCCAGUUUAUCCACUUCCCAGCUGACGAAGCUGCCAUGCAGUCUCUAAAGGAUGAAUUCUAUGGAUUGGCAGGGAUGCCAGGUGUGAUAGGGGUGGUUGACUGUAUCCACGUGGCAAUCAAGGCACCCAAUGCGGAAGACCUCUCUUAUGUGAACCGCAAGGGUCUGCAUUCUCUGAACUGUCUGGUAGUGUGUGACAUCAGAGGGGCACUAAUGACUGUGGAGACGAGCUGGCCAGGUAGCCUCCAGGACUGUGCUGUGCUACAGCAGUCUUCUCUAAGCAGUCAGUUUGAAACUGGGAUGCACAAAGGUAGCUGGCUUCUUGGUGACAGUUCCUUCUUUCUCCGUACCUGGCUCAUGACUCCACUUCAUAUUCCUGAAACUCCAGCGGAGUAUCGCUAUAAUAGGGCCCAUUCUGCAACUCACAGUGUGAUUGAGAAGACUUUGCGAACCCUCUGCUCUAGGUUCCGAUGCCUGGAUGGAUCGAAGGGAGCACUGCAGUACUCACCGGAGAAAUCCAGCAACAUCAUCUUGGCUUGUUGUGUCCUUCACAACAUUUCCCUGGAACACGGGAUGGAUGUUUGGUCCUCUCCAGUGACUGAACCCAUUGAACAGCCACCUGAGGGCGAGUAUGAGCAAAUGGAGUCCCUAGACUUAGAGGCUGACCGAAUCCGGCAGGAGCUAAUGCUCACUCAUUUUAGUUAGUGUGCAAGGUGGAGGAAGGAGGAAGACUUUCCAUAAUGAAGUAUGAGAACUUGCCCCCUCACCAGCCCAUGGCCAAGUCUGUCAUCUAGUGUAACUGAAUGUGCACUAUUGUCAUAAGCUAGCAUUUAAUGUUUUAGAAGGAGAAGGUGUGGGGGUAGGUAUACCAGCCCUUGCAACUUUGUCAACUAGACUGAAGUUCACUGGUUGCAACAGUAAAAUCAUAAUAAAGGAGAAAGCAGCACAUA